AUGAGAACCACAGUAACGGCUACUGUUUCACUAUCAAAACCAUCGACGGAAGCACCGCCGGACAUGGCUCCGCCGCAGUCACCUUCACCUUGGCACUAUCCGAUUCCAUGCCUCCUAGGCGGUCUAGUGACGAUGACUAUUCUCGUUAUUUCUGCUGUGUUAAUCUUGGCUUGCUCGUUCCGGAAGCAAAACGGAGAAGGCAGCAGCAGAGCCGACGGAGAUUUGGAGCAAGGUGGCGAGUCGGUGAAGGUGUUUAAAGACAAGGUUUUGGUUAUAAUGGCCGGAAAUGAGAACCCUACUUAUUUGGCCACUCCGAUUCCGAUUUGCCCUACUAAAGGUACUAGUUUUGAAGAGCAAUCAGAGAAGAUAGGGGGAGAUGAUAUGGAAGAGAAUUCUGAGAUAUUGAAAGAGGCAUCAUCAUCAACAGAAUGA